AUCGAUUUCUGGCGUCGUAUCGAGAUAGCCGAGGAGCUGUUUGAGCCGUGGGAGGGAGAGGGAGCUCUUCUCCUGCUCCAGCUGCCAUCCUGCUCCUCCUCCUCCUCUACAGCUACUUCUUUUCUCAUCACAUCCUGAGUGUUUUGGAGAUGUGAGGAGUAGGAAGCGCUCGGUGACAUUGAGCAACCUGUGCAUCGACACGAUCUCCUGACCCCAUCUUCAGCAUGAAUGGUGAUAUGCCUCAUGUUCCCAUCACUUCUCUUGCUGGAAUUGCGAGCUUGACAGACUUAUUGAACCAGCUACCAUUGCCUUCACCUCUCCCUGCCACCACUGCGAAGAGCCUUCUUUAUAAUGGAAGGAUUUCUGAAGAAGUUAGCAGUUUGCUGGUCUGUCGGGAUGAGAAUCUGGUGAAUCAGCUGGCACAUAGUCUCAAUCAGGUUUCCACUGAACAUAUAGAGUUGAAAGACAACUUGGGCAAUGAUGAGCCAGAGGGCGACUUGCCUAUUCUUCUUCAAACGGUGCUCUCCAGGAACCCCAAAAUCUUCAGGGACAAAAGUGUAAUGCAGCAACCAAUGAUACAGCAGUAUAAAAUGUCCCAGAAUCAGGUGCAUGGAAGUCCAGCAUCAAACUAUCAGCAAGCCACUGUCCCUCAAAGUCCUUUGGGUUGCUUUACAUCCCCACAGUCUGGGUCAGGUACCCGAUUUGUAGCCCAGCAGAACAGCCCUGUACCCAGCCCUUAUGCACCUCAGAGUCCUGCAGACUACAUGCAGUAUAAUCAUCCACCUAGUUAUCCACAACAGCUACAGAUUCAGCAAGUUGCUGUUAGAUUGACAAAUAUCCAUGACAGCAAGAUUUCUGGGCACUUAUCAAGUAACUCAUCUAAGCAUAAUGCAAACGCAGGGUCCAGUGACGACUACAUGAACAUGGACCACCGACUGGAAAAUGAGUUUGUGUGUUCCCCUGUUGAAAGAGAAGACAUCGAAAAAACAGGUUUUAGGCCUAUUACUAUGCAGUCACCUCCCUCCUUUGUGUCAGCAGAUGUACCACCUGACCUCCUCAUCUCUUCUGACUUCAAAAAGAAGCCAAACGAGAGGAAUGAUGAGAAAAAUGAAGAGAUGGGCAAAAAUGCCUUGUAUGAUAUUGUUAGCUAUCCUUCAAAAGACUCUGCCAGACUGACCAUAAAACUGUCCAGAGUGAGAUUUUCAGACGUGGACCAGUCUGGACAACAUCCUUCCAGGCCGAACAAGGACUCAGACCAUGAUCCUGAUUUGAUCAGUGAUGACAGUAUUCGUCAUUUUUCAAGGACAGCUCAGGACAUGUCGAACAGGUUGGGUGCUGAGGAACAGGUAAACUGUCAGCAGGUUCCUGCACAACCAAAUACCAGUGAGCCCACAGUCAUCAGCGGGGAUGUGUUUGAUGAUUCUGAGAUCGAUGCACUCUCAGAGGUAGAGAGAGUAGAACGUGAGGCGACCACUGAGCGAGAACGAAGCUAUAAAGAAGUUCAGGACAAAGAUAAGCCACUGAAGAAACGAAAGCAAGACUCCUAUCCUCAGGAAGCUGGACCUGGGAUGAUAGCUGAGGCUAGUGAGGGACCUAACGUACAAGGCAUCAACACUGGCAGCAGGUUGACACCUAAGAAGAUUAGUCCUGCAAGUAAUGGUGCCACUCGGCCUACUUUGAUGGUCAGUAUUGAUCUGGUGGAUGCUGGCAGAGGGAGAAGACAGCCUGUAGUGGUCUUGGGAGGAAGGAAUCUGUGUGAGGACCAGUUACGGAAGCUAAAAUCAAAGACGAAUGGAAAGGGAGUUAAAGUUCUUGAAAACGCACCUGGGAUCAACACACAGCAUGUUGACGACUCCAGGACAUCUGGCUCAGACAGUGAAGCAGAAGCUCUUCAACAGAAACUAGAUAUCAAGCAAGAAUCAAAGAGUCGACAGGAUGGCAAAAUGGACAUCAGCAGGGAAUGCUCUGAUGGCAUACAGCCAUCCCAACCAGAACAGAAAGAAAAGCAACACAACAGGCACCAAUCCCAUGUCCCCCAACCUGAGACACCAAAUACCAUAAAAAAGGCAGACUGUAUUUCCAGAAAUGAACAUCACAAACACAGGGAUAAGAACAUAGAUGGAGACAAGGACAGAGAUAGGAGGGACAAAGAAAUAGAUGAGGGCACAAGAGACAAGGUCAGACAAAAGAAGGACAAGGAUAUAGAUGGGGAUGUAGGAGAUGGGGUCAGUGACCUUGAUGAGGACAUAAGAGAAAAGGACAGAGAUAGGAGGGACCAGCUCAUAAGCAGAGAUGUGCGAGGUAAGAACAGAUAUAGGAGGGUCAAGGACAUAGAUGUGGACAUAAGAGGCAAGGUCAGAGAUAGGAAGUUCAAGGAGAUAGAUCGGGACAAAAGAAACAAGGCCAAAGAUAGGAGAGACAAGGACAUAAGAGAUGAGGCCAGAGAUAGGAGAGACAAGGACACUGAUGGGGACAUAAGAGACAAGGACAGAGGUAGGAGGGAGAAGAAUGCAGAUGAGGACAUAAGAGACAAGGACAGAGGUAGGAGGGACAAGAAUGCAGAUGAGGACAUAAGAGACAAGGACAGAGGUAGGAGGGACAAGAAUGCAGAUGAGGACAUAAGAGACAAGGACAGAGGUAGGAGGGACAAGAAUGCAGAUGAGGACAUAAGGGACAAGGACAGAAGUAGGGGGGACAAGAAUGCAGAUGAGGACAUAAGGGUCAAGGACAGAAGUAGGGGGGACAAGAAUUCAGAUGAGGACAUAAGGGACAAGGACAGAAGUAGGAGGGACAAGAAUGCAGAUGAGGACAUAAGAGACAAGGACAGAAAUAGGAGGGACAAGAAUGCAGAUGACAUAAGAGACAAGGACAGAAGUAGGAGGGACAAGAAUGCAGAUGACACAAGAGAUAAGGACAGAGAUGGGGACAUAAAAGACAAGGACAGAGAAAGGAGAGACAAGGACAGAGAGAGGAAAAUUCGGGACAAAGAUGAGGACAGGAGGAUCAAGAAUAGAGAUGAGGACAGGAGGGAUAAGGACAGAGACAGUGAAAAGAAACACAAGAUGGUGUCUGAAGGGAAUUUUAACAGACAUUCUCCUGAACUUCACAGUAAAACUGGUAGCUCCACAGAUAACCAAGGGAGGAGAUCAUCCACUGACCAAAUCAGACAGCGGAGGACAGAUGGUUACAGCCUUCAAAUUCCCAAAACUAAGGAAGAGAGAAAACACAGGGAUGAGGGGACACUCAGCAAAGAUGAAAACAAACGACAUCCUUUUGAAUCAAAACCGAGCAAGUUCCCUCCACAACUGCUGGGUGGCAACUCGGGAAGUUUAAAAAACUUUGUGAUUCCUAAAUUGAAACGCGAUGGGAAUGAGGAAGGUCUCCAACUUGCAAAUAAACUGAUGCAGUGUUGGUCUGAACCUUUGGUUAGGCUGGAACGAGUGUCAUUGGCGCAGAACUUAAACAAAGGAUCUAAACCUGUUGUAGUACUAGAUAAGCUCUCUGUCGAUGAGGUAAAGAGGAUUAUUAAAGAAAGGAAGAAUGCACACAACUCCAAGUACAGGAACUGGUCCUCCUAUGAUAAAUCUGGAAGAGAAAUAUAUUUUGAGGGAUCAAACAAGCGCAGGCGUGGUAUGACCAACAAGAGACCCAAGUAUGCUGAGAUAGACUCUGAUGAAGAUGAUGAUGAUGAUGACUCCGAGACUGAGAUUUCCCGGAAAAGACGCAAGAAGGACCAGGACAAAACAUGGGAGCAAGAAAAGAGGAAAGGCCAAAGUGGUUAUCAGGGUUGGAGCUCAGGGGAUUCAGACAGUGAAUCUCCACCACCAAGUCUAAGAGAUGUUGCCAGAAAAUUGAAAAAAAGGGAGAAACUGAAAAAGAGAAACGAAUAUGAGCCCAAGCUGACACUAGAAGAAAUGAUGGACUCGUCUGCAUUUAAGAGGUUCAUCGCAUGUUUGGACAACAUUCUCGAGAACCUGGAGGAUGUGGAGCUUCAUGCCACAGAUGAUGAUGAUGAUGAUGAUGGUGAGAUACCUCAAGAGCUUUUGCUUGGAAAGCAUCAGUUGAGCGAACUUGGCAGUGUUUCUGCUAAAAUUAAAGCUAUGGGCAUCUUCAACAAGCUUCCGUCGAGUAAACUGGUGAAAAUGUUGAAUAUUCUAGAGAAGAACAUUCAGGACAGCGUCAAACUCUCAACCUUAAUGAAUCAUGAUAAUGAUUCCAUGGAGGAAGAGCGCUUGUGGCGUGACCUUAUCAUGGAACGGGUGACGAAGUCUGCUGAUGCCUGUCUGACUGCACUUAGCAUCAUGACAUCGCCACACAUGCCCAAGGCAGUUUAUAUAGAGGAUGUGAUUGAGAGAGUGUUACAGUACACAAAGUUUCAUCUUCAAAACACAAUUUACCCACAGUAUGAUGCGGUGUACAGAGGUGGCAAGCAUAAUUCAAAAUCUAAGAGAGCAAAAUGCUCCAGUCAUAAACAGAAGGUAGUAGUAGCGCUCUACAACAAAGUGUGUGAGAUUCUCAACAACAUCUCUGAUCUCCUGGAGAUCCAGCUGCUAACUGACACCACUAUUCUUCAGGUGUCCACCUUGGGUAUUACACCAUUUUUUGUGGAGAACGUCAGCGAACUGCAGUUAUCUGCCAUCCCAGUGGUGACAGCAGUGUUCUCUCGAUACAAGAAGCACAGGCAACUCAUUCUCGAAGAGAUCUUUACCUCACUGGCUAGAUUGCCAACUAGCAAACGGAGCCUCAGGAACUUUCAGCUUAACAGCACUGAUAUGGAUGGAGAGCCCAUGUAUAUCCAGAUGGUCACAGCCCUUGUUCUUCAGCUCAUCCAGUGCGUGGUGCACCUUCCCUCUGAAAGAGAGGAUGACCAUGACAAGAAGGUGGACAAAGAUAUCCUUGUUACAAACUCUUACGAAACUGCCAUGAGGACAGCUCAGAACUUUCUAUCAGUUUUUCUCAAAAAGUGUGGCAGUAAACAGGCAGAGGAAAACUAUCGCCCUCUGUUUGAGAACUUUGUCCAGGACCUGUUGUCAACAGUCAACAAGCCUGAAUGGCCUGCGGCUGAACUGUUGCUCAGUUUACUGGGCCGGCUGUUGGUGCACCAGUUCAGCAACAAGCAGACAGAAAUGGCACUCAGGGUGGCUUCGUUGGACUACCUUGGUACUGUCGCAUCUCGUUUGCGUAAAGACGCCGUCACUACCAAGAUGGACCAAAGGGCUAUUGAUCGUAUCCUUGAAGAGAAUCCAGGCAACGAUGAGAUCCAGCAGCUUCAGAAAGCUUUGCUUGACUACCUGAACAAGAACAUGGAAACUGAACCAUCCUUAUUGUUUGCCAGGAAGUUCUACAUUGCCCAGUGGUUCAGGGACACUAAAAGUGAGGAAGAAAAAGCGACAAUGUCUCAAAAUAAAGAUGAAGACACAAAAGGUCGACGACUUUCCAAUGACAUUGAAAUGAGUGAGGAGAUUUUGGAAAAGUCCGAGGCCAGAAGGAAAUUCCUCCGCAAGAUCAUCAAGACACCGCUCUCACAACUCAGUUCUCAGAGGAUCAAUUCUGACACACUUGAUUAUGAAGAUUCCUCUCUGAUUGUCCGAUAUCUGGCCUCUAUGAGGCCGUUUGCACAGAGCUUUGAUAUUUAUUUAUCACAGAUACUGAGAGUGCUGGGUGAGAGUGCCAUCGCAGUCAGAACUAAAGCCAUGAAGUGUCUGUCUGAAGUGGUAGCAGUGGAUCCAAGUAUUCUGUCACGGGUGGACAUGCAGCGUGGUGUUCACUGUCGCCUCAUGGACAGCUCCACCAGCGUGCGGGAGGCGGCUGUGGAGUUACUUGGCCGUUUUGUGCUGAGUCGACCUGAGCUCAUUGAACAAUACUAUGACAUGCUCAUUGAAAGGAUUCUGGACACAGGUAUUAGUGUAAGGAAGAGGGUCAUAAAAAUCCUGAGGGACAUUUGCUUGGAGCAGCCAAGCUUCCGCAAGAUCACUGAGAUGUGUGUCAAGAUGAUCCGAAGGGUCAACGAUGAGGAGGGCAUUAAGAAACUGGUGAAUGAGACGUUUCAAAAACUUUGGUUCACACCCACACCAAGCCAUGACAAAGAUGGCAUGACCAGAAAGAUCCUGAACAUCACAGAUGUGGUGGCUGCAUGUAAAGAUUCAGGCUAUGACUGGUUUGAGCAACUCCUACAAAAUCUGCUGAAAUCUGAAGAGGCUGCUUCUCAUAAACCUGCCAAGAAGGCCUGCAUCCAGUUGGUGGACAAUCUCGUUGAACACAUACUGAAAUAUGACGAGUCUCUUGCAGAAUGUGAGGACAGAGGGGUCAGCUCAGAUCGUGUGGUAGCGUGCACGACCACUCUCUACCUGUUCAGCAAGAUCAGUCCACACUUAAUGGUCCAGCACGCUAUGACGAUCCAGCCGUAUUUGACCACAAAGUGCAAUACACAAAAUGAUUUCAUGGUGAUCUGUAAUGUGGCCAAGAUCCUGGAACUGGUCAUACCUCUGAUGGACCAGCCAAGUGAGACUUUUCUCACCACCAUAGAAGAAGACCUCAUGAAGCUGAUUAUUAAAUAUGGCAUGACGGUGGUUCAACACUGUGUAAGCUGUCUUGGUGCUGUUGUGAACAAGGUCACACACAACUACAAGUUUGUCUGGGCUUGCUUCAAUCGUUUUUAUGGAGCUCUGGCAAAACUCAAGAUGCAGCACCAAGAGGACCCCAGCAGCUCAGCUUUGGCUACUAACAAACCCGCCCUGCUGCGCUCUCUCUUCACUGUGGGGGCUCUCUGUCGACACUUUGAUUUUGACCUGGAAGACUUCAAGGGGUCUACUAAGAUUGUCAUUAAGGACAAGGUGCUGGAGCUGCUGCUGUACUUCACCGCUCACGAAGAUGAGGAGGUCCAGAUCAAGGCCAUUAUAGCUCUUGGCUUCCAGUUCAUCAUGCACCCAGAGCUUAUGUUCGUGCAGGAUGUGAAGGUUCUGUAUAACAGCAUUCUCUCAGAAGAGUGCACCAUGGUCAGUUUGAAGAUCCAGGUGCUGAAGAACCUGCAGACAUACCUGCAGGAGGAAGACUCCCGAAUGCAGGAGGCUGACCGUGAAUGGAAGAAAUUAUCCAAGCAGGAGGACCUGAAGGAAAUGGGAGACAUUUCAUCGGGAAUGAGCAGCUCGAUAAUGCAGAUUUACCUGAAGCAGGUUCUGGAGGCCUUCUUUCAUUCACAGUCCACUGUUCGGCACUUUGCCUUGAAUGUCAUUACACUGACUCUGAGCCAGGGCCUCAUCCAUCCUGUACAGUGUGUACCAUAUUUGAUUGCCAUGGGAACAGACCCCGAGCAAACCAUGAAGAACAAGGCUGAUAAUCAGCUGGUCGAGAUUGACAAGAAAUACUCAGGUUUCAUUCAUAUGAAAGCUGUAGCAGGGUUGAAGAUGUCCUAUCAGGUGCAAGAGGCUAUAACUAAAUCUACAGAUGCAGUGAUCCGAGGUUUCCGGAAAGACGACGCAGACUCUGCUCUCUGCUGUCACCUCUACACCAUGGUCCGUGGGAACCGACAGCAUAGACGGGCUUUUCUUUUGUCACUGCUCAACCUGUUUGAUGACAGCUCAAAAACGGAAGUGAAUAUGCUGCUUUUCGUAGCAGACAAUUUGGCCUGCUUUCCUUACCAGACUCAGGAGGAGCCUCUUUUCAUCAUGCACCAUGUAGAUAUUACACUUUCCAUUUCUGGUAGCAACCUUCUGCAGUCUUUCAAGGAGUCUUUACAGAAAGCGCCUGUACGGCAGCAAAAGGCAAAGAAGGAGAAGAGAAAGAAGAAGAAGAAGUCCCAGGCCAGGAAAUACUGCUCUGAAAAUGAAGACAGUGAGGAGGAGCAGAGCAGCAGCACAUCGAGCAGCAGUGAGGACGAGAUGGUCCAAAGGCGAAAAAAAUCCAAGCAGUCUGCGGUUUCUGAUUUUGAUUCUGAUUUGGAAGAUGAGGAUGCAGUGAUGGAGCGUCUUCCUGAAAACCCAGGCCCACUCUUGGACUUUGCCACGGCUUCACAGGGUAUCAUACUACUGCUGGUGCUGAAACAGCAUUUGAAGAAUCUGUAUGGGUUCUCAGACAGUAAAAUCCUAAAGUAUUCACCAACAGAAUCAGCCAAAGUGUAUGACAAGGCGGUGAACAGAAAAAAUAACGUGCACUUCAACCCUCGUCAGACACUGGAUUUCCUGAAGCGAGACUUAACUAGCUCAGAUCUAACCUACGAAAUCAAGAGGAAUAUUGUAAAACAGUACUUAGAUUUCAAGGUACUGAUGGAGCACUUGGAUCCUGACGAAGAAGAUGAAGAGGGUGAAGCAAGUGCCAAUGCCAGAAACAAGGCCAUUUCUUCACUUCUGCGAGUUCCCAAGACGCAGAACCACAACCGCCACAAUCAGACUCCUGUAGCAGAGACGGACGAGGAGGAGAGCGAGGACGAAGAUCCCCCUGCGCAACCAAACAAAGAUGAGGAUUCUGAUGACGAUUCGGACCCUGCGACCAAGAAAGUGGAGGUAAUGGAUGUCGUUGCCAUCUACUGGCCCAAAUACAAAGACAGACCUCAGAUUGCCAAGGUCAUUCAGAAGGUCAGAACUGGCUACAGUGUACAGUGGAUGUCUGGAACAUACUCUGGGCCCUGGACUGAGGCAAAGAAACGGGAUGGUCGCAAAAUGGUGCCUUGGGUUGACACUGUUAAAGAGUCAGAUAUUAUUUACAAGAAAAUUUCCUUGACCAGUGGACACAAGCUCACAAACGGAGUGGCGCAGACAUUACGGGCUUUAUACGCUGCCAAGGAAGGGAAGAAGAGUUAAUCAACUCAAGUUAUUCAAACAGAUCCCUUUUGCAGGACAACUCUUCAUGGAUCCAGUAUGCUUCAUAGAGAUCAGAACCUGAAAACUUAAGGUGUUGUUCAGUCAUCAAAUUAAAAACGGGGCUUUAAACACAAGAAAACCAUGAGAAGGAAAUGUUUGGUAAAACAUUGUGUGGGAUUUUUUUCGCUGUUGUGCAGCAACUUGGUUGUUUUGUUUUUAUUCCCACUGUAUUAUAGUUUUAAAAACACAUGUUUAUACCUGAGCAAAACUAUAAAAAAAAUGUUGGAAUUUAGUGUAUUGGAAAUGUUAAAGUGUUUUUGGAGUUAAAUCUAGCAAGCAGAUAAAUUUAUUCAUGAGUUCCAACAGGUUUUCUUUUUAAUCAUUUUUGUGUACCCAUGCUGUAUCUUUGAUAUAAUUUAUUUAUAUUAAAAAAUGCAGUAUCUGUGCAUACAUGCACAUAUAUAUGGGGACGUGAUAUUGUUUUUAAUAUAGGUUUUUAUGUUGUAAAACACAGCAAGAAAGUGAUCCCCCAGCACUUACUGCAAUAAAUUUUCUUACAUCUCCACUA